UUUGCCGCGCGUGCACGUACAAUCGGGAUCCGAGUGCGCGCAGCGGAGGAGAGCCGAACGGUGAAGCAGGCACAAGCCGCCGAGCGCGCAGGGAGAGCCGCAAACAGAGACUGCGAGGAGCGCAGAGGGAGCGUCAGAACUUCAGUGCACACGAGGCCAGAAAGCUAAAAUGGGAGGCAAGCUUAGCAAAAAGAAGAAGGGAUACAAUGUAAAUGACGAUAAGUCAAAAGACAAGGAUGCCAAGGCAGAGGGCGCUUCUGCUGAGGAGAGUGAAGCACCGAAAGACAAAAAAGAUGAGGCCCCUGAAGCCAGUGAUGCUAAAGAGGUAGCAAACGACACGGCUGCCAAAGAGACACCGGCUGCGGAUGGUGAAGCGCCAAAAGAGGAAGAAAAGAAUGCUGCUCCCGCCACCAAGGAGUCAGAAAAGCCUGCCUCCAAUGCUGAGCCGAAAACAGAGGCACCGAAAAGCGCGGAGGCUCCUAAGGCUGAAGAGAAACCAGCUGCCCCUGCUCCGGCCAAAGAAUCAGCUCCUGCCGCCACGGAGCCAGAGGCGAAGGCCACGGCACCUGGCCCUGCAGCGGAGAGCAAAGGGGAGGCCGACGCCAAAAAGACUGAGGCCCCCGCUGCACCGGCCAAAGUUGAGGCGGCAGCAACUGCCUCUCCUGACCCUAAGCCCACAGAGGCGGCGGCUCCUGCAGCACCUAAAGAGGCCGCUGCUGCACCUAGUUAAACACCAGCCGCCGAACCUCCCGCCAAGGAGGCCAAUGCCACAGAGGCACCAAGCAAGGAUCAAACCGUAGCAGUUCAGGAUUAAUGGACAGCUUCUUUUCCAAAAUGAAGAAACAAAUUACCUAACUCAAUGAUGACAAAGAUUUAAAAAAAGAAAAUUAAAUUACUAGCCCGCCCAUAUUAUUAUAACAAUAAUAAUAAUAAUUGUAAUGAUGAUUAUGAUGAUUUGUUGAGUAAAGAGGACUCGAGAUAUUUCCCACCAAUGCGGAUGAUUAUUGCUAUUAUUAUUGUUAUGUUUUAAUCUAUUUUUUCUGCUGUAGUAUUUGAACUUUGAUACGAGUCUGUGUCAACCAUAUGCCUUUGCCACUUCACCUUCAUCUUUCCAUUCACUCAUAACUUAUAGAUUUCCCAUUUUUAGCCCUCAGAAGGCCUGCAUUCAUGCACUCACCUGCACCGUCUAUCUGAUGGAUGUUUUUGGGAAACCAUUCCGAUGGGAUAAAUGGGAACGAGGGGCUACAAAUAAUUUUUCCAAAUGGAUCUGCAUUAUAUCCGACCGGGAGCUUCCAGUUUUCCCAUACAUUGAAACUUUACAAAGGUUUUUCAUUUGAAGACUGAGAAUACUGAAGCUUUAAGAUGCAUUUCAAAGGUUGAGUAUUGCUGGCUUUGCAAAUAACUGUAGAUUUUUUUCACAUAAACUUCUAAAUUUUGUACUGAAACCCUUAGCUAAGUAUAUUCUAAGGAAACCAAGUGGUUUUUUAGCAUUUGUAAUACUUUAAGAUUUUGCAAAGCCUUGCUGAAAAGACUUUUGCAAUGUUCUUGUAAAGUUUGAAGCAAUUCUCAGGUCUUUGAAUGAAAUAAACAGUAACAUAUACAGAUCAGACAUAUCUAGCAUUGACUUGGAUGAAAUUCAAGCAGUACAAUACCUGAAUUGUUUAUACUUGCUUGCAAUACUUAGACAGUAAAGUUUACUUUCUUACGAAGACACUUUGAUUAGCACAUACUCUAUUAGGUAGUAUCUUUUUAAAAACAACAGACUAAACUGGCACUCAGACAUCCUGUGACUGUCUGUCCUUCCCAACCUAUUAAACAAAAUCCUGAGGUUGCACAAAGUGGCAAGGCUAUAAGAUUUUAGCAGUCUUAUGUUGUCAGUUUUUUUUUUAUUUUGGCCUGCAAUACUUCAGAAACUUCUCUUAACAUCUAAAACAACCGAAAAAAAUUUUAGAAAUCAGAAUGUUGGCGGUUUUAUCUGGCCACAAAAGGUAAAUUUGAGCAUUUAUACACUUUACCUUACCUUAGCAGUUUGGUAUUUAGAAAAUAUUUUGUGUAAAAUAUUAGAAAAUGUCUGGUUUGUCAGGCAUAUGAACUGUCGAACAUCUUGAUAUGUUACAGCCAUUAAUGAGACUUAUUUUUUGCCAGUUGAUCUUUAGAUUAUUAGGGCAAUUCAAGAUGUCAUCCUUAAAGAAAAAUUAUAUUAACACUUUUUUGUGGUCAGUAUAAGACAUGGCUAGCCUAACCAUCCUGCCAUGUCGGAGAUACAGUGUUCCUAGCAGCUGCAUAUAAGAAGGCAUAGCAGCAUAUGACUAGAAAUCAUUCAAUUCUUUUUAUUUAACAAACAAAUAGUGGGCUAUCAGCCUUAAGUUACAAACUGCUCUAAAUGAAAAAGAAAUCAUGCACAGUUACUUCAAAAUAAGUGUCAUUAUUUAAUGUGCCAUAUGCAUUGUUAAAUUUGGAAUUACUGCUAGAAAUAACUCUGCAAAGGUGAUUCUAGAGUACUUCUAAUUGUUCUCCAAAUCAACUAUUCAAAAAAAUCUGAAAAAACCCUUUUUUAUUUUAAACUACUGGUACAAUGUUUGGGAAAAGAGGACUCUGAAAAAGUCAAGCACUUUUGUUUGCAUAUUUUGAAAAUCUUUGUAGCAAUGGAGGAGAUAUUGACAAAAUGAAAGAAAGCUAUAUUCUUAAGGAAUAAUCAGUGUUUCCAAUUUCAUAUGAUUUUAAAUUCAAACAACAUAAAACAGGAAAUGUGAAGUUUAUUUAACAGUUACAUUCAUAUCUACCAUCACAAUAAGUUUUACUUCUGCUUGUGACUCAAUUCUUGGACAAAAAGUAAGAUACCAGCAGCUUAAACUCUGACCACCAAACCCUCCUCUUUCGACCUUUGCAUAAAUGCAGGUGUAGGUGUCGUCAUCUCUGCAAUCCAUCUUUCACCUUUUCCUCUCCAUCCAUACGACACACAGCGUCUUCCUUCCAGCACUCGUUGAACCGUAGCAGAAACAAACAUCCGAGGACGGUUUGUGUGUCAUUUUAUUACGUUAUUUUUCUUCCUCUCUUGACUCAGUAAAUUGCAUGUCUGUGGUUGGGUGAACCUGUAGUCCUGUCUUUUUGGUCAAGUGGAAAAAAAUAAAAAUAAAAAAAAUAAGUAUUGAUAAUUUCUCGGUCUGCAUCCAUGCCAACUACGAUUGAUAUUUUCAUUCCAUGUUUCACCGCAGCUAUUUCUACAUGUUCAUUCAAGCAAACAGACAAAAAAAAAAAAUGAUAUUGAAAUUGAUGCGUUACAAUUAUAUGUACUUGUAUAAAUGGUGCAACAAUAAUAAAAUGUCAGAAAAUGACUUAAA